AUGGAUAUUUUAGAAACUGACUCGCCAGAGAUACAAAAAAAUCACAGAACUUUGCAAGUGAUCGAAUAUAUGAAGCAGAAGGGAGUUCAACAAUCCUUGCUACAAGGACUUAGCCAAGAUUCUGGCUUUGCUCAAUUCUGUGUUGAGUGGACUUGUGGUAGAUGAGGGACUGAAGAUAAUUAUUCAUCUAUCUCCGACCAAAGUCGAAUUAGGGAUCUAAGAGAAAGAAUAAAUUAUUUUAAGUCAAUGAUAGCAAAAACCAAACAUCUUUUACACUUAGCUAUUGAAAGAUGUACAGUCCAAGAAGUAAAUGAUUUGGAGUUAUAAAAUUAAUGAAAGCAAAGGAGUUACCAAUAUUCGGGGAAAUGCCUGAACAAAACUAUGCUAAGAUAAUGAGGAUAAAGACAUAUAAUUAUCAAGAUACAAAGCUUAUGACACGAUAUAAAUUUAAUAUUCCAAAGUGAAAUCAACUAAAUUUAGCAUUCACAAGAAGAAAAGUGGGGUUGAUUAAAGCCUUUCUUGAAAAAAAAUUUCCAGAUCAAGUUGAGACAUGUUUUUUUCUCAGACUCGAGUCAAAUUCUUUUGCUCCAAAAAUGACCAAAUUUGGGUUUAUUUUUCGGGAUUUACAGAAAAUUUCCUCGAAAAUUGCUCAAUGAAUAUUGUUAGAUAAAUUUCAGAUCAGCCAGAAGCAACUCAAAAGAAUCUUUGUUCUUUUUAAAAACAAAAAUUUAAUCCAUUUAAAGCAAUGCGAAUUAGAGCUUGACACAGUUCCUAACUUCUCCAGAGCCCUAGAAAAAUGUGAACUCAAAGGACUUAACAUCGAAGAAUACUGGAGCAAUCCAAACCUCGACAAAGAUACUAAACUAAACUACUUAGACAACCUCAUCAACGGAUUAUCCAAAUCUGAAGAUUUCAAGAACAACAUUAAAACAAUCAGGAUAAGACACACUUUAUUUCCUGAUAGCUCUUUGUUAGAGCUAUUCCGAAAAUACCAGCUUGACCAUAUCUUAUUUUACUAAUCUCUACAGUGCCAA